AUGGUAUUAACACGACAGCCAAGAUCUCUCGUUUCUACCGACGAUAGCUUUCCUACUCUCCAACUUUUUCUGUUGGCAAUAUGUCGUGUCGCCGAGCCCAUAGCCUUAACCUCCAUCUUUCCCUACUCAUGGGUAAUGGUCAAGGAUUUCCACAUGGCAAACGGUAGCGAUGCCUCCUUCUACGCGGGCAUUUUGAUAUCCACUUUCUCGCUUGCCGAAGCUAUGACGGGUAUGUUCUGGGGUAGCCUUUCGGAUCGGGUUGGCCGGAAACCUGUUCUUCUGUGUGGCUGCUUUGGGACAAUGCUCUCGUUGCUUCUGGUUGGGUUGGCGCCAAACUUUUGGGUUGCGCUUGUGGGACGGGCUUUGGGGGGUGCGUUGAAUGGGAAUAUUGGGGUCAUUCAGACUAUGGUUGGGGAGUUGGUUAAGAGGCCGGAACAUGAGCCUCGGGCUUAUGCUAUCAUGCCUUUUGUCUGGUCUAUUGGGACUAUUAUCGGACCAGCAAUUGGAGGCCUACUUGCUAGACCUUCCGAAGGUUAUCCUUCUUUAUUCCCUGCUGAAGGUCUUUUUGGACGGUUUCCGUAUCUUCUUCCCAAUCUGGUCUGCUCCGUCCUUUUGCUGUUGAGCAUUAUUGGUGGCUGGCUCUUCCUUCAAGAAACUCACCCAGAGAUGCAAUAUUCCGACGACAGGAUCCACCUGUUUUUCGAGCAUACCUCGGCUGAGCAGCCUCUUCUCGCGACCUCCGGUGCGACUGCCAACGCUGGUGUUGACCUCCGAGCCGAGUCCUACGGAACAUUCAAUCAGGUCAGCAUACAUGAAGAUGAGAACUGGGAUGUCCUGGCAGAUGGUACGUCUCUUGCGUGGAAAAAGUCGCAGAAACCAAAUGCUUUCACGUGGCGGGUUACCAUGCUAGUAAUCGCGCUGGCCAUUUUCACAUACCACUCCAUGACCUACGAUCACCUUCUGCCUAUCUUCCUACAAGACGAAAAUACCCGCUCGCCAGGCCAUCACUCUCUCCUCGACAUCCCAGGUGGAGUCGGUCUCUCAACCCAAACGGUAGGAAUGAUCAUGUCCACAGACGGGAUAAUCGCCCUCAUAAUCCAAAGCCUCAUCUUCCCCGCCCUAGCCAGCUGGCUCGGCGUAUGGCGUCUCUUCGUCAUCGUGACAAUCCUCCACCCAAUCGCAUACUUCAUGGUCCCCUUCAUCGCCCUCCUCCCCCAAAACAUGAUCUUCAUCGGUAUCUACGCCUGUAUGCUCGUCCGCAACAUCUUGUCCAUCAUCGACUACCCCGUGCUCCUCAUCUUAAUCAAGCAAGCUAGUCCCUCAGACUCGGUGCUGGGCAAGAUUAACGGGCUCGCUGCCUCGGCGGGCGCUGCUUCUCGGACCAUUGCGCCUCCAAUUGCGGGCUUUUUGUAUAGCACUGGUGCUGAACUGGGGUGUACGGCGCUUGCUUGGUGGGGGAGUUCGUUAGUUGCGUUGCUCGGUGCGGUUCAGCUUUGGUUUAUUCAGCGGAAGAGGAAUUCUUCCGUUGCUGUUGCUCCUGCAGUGCCGUGCCAUUAUGCUCCUAUUUUGGAGCAGCCAUCAAGUGAUAUAGUGCAUAUCAUCGUGACUGAUUUUGAUGCCGAGACUGAUGCAGCUCGAGCUGAUGUAGGGGUUGCUUCGGUUUCCCAGUGA